AUUUGUUCAAAUUAAUCAGGCAGGAUUUUAUUUCGCUACCUGUGUCGAAAGGGUCGUAAUGCAAAUCAGAAAACAGUGCGGCAGUUAGAAAUCUAUAUAGAAACUAUGAAAGAGCAUCCAUUUGAUUUUUUUUACGGAGGCGGUGCGACUGCCGAUAUUUUAGGGAGAACUUUACGGAGAAGUUUGUCUUAAUUGAGUGUAAUUGGCGGUUUCCGAGUAACUGAGGAAAUCGGUUACUUUGUGUCGAUUAAUGGGAUCGUGAAAAAUUGUUGUAUUUCUUUACGAAUAAAUAGGGUGUUGUUAAAGAAAGUAGUACACACUGGAAGUCGCUCAGCUAGAACGUAGCUGAUUGACAUUGUUAGAGUAACUCUAAAGUAGGGGAUCUCUACCGCUCACGAUCUAUGACUAAUCUUUGAAUAAUGCAAAAGCAGUAGAAAUACAAAGGAUGGCAAGCAAUGUUUAUUAAUUUAUUUGUUUGUACCACGCCACACAUGGGUCACACUUUGUCAAAUAUCUUGCUAUUGUGUCUUGCAGGUCCCCGCUCGCUGCUCACUUUCUACGAAUUAAAGUAUGCGCUGGAUCCGCGCGCUGCCCAUUAAAAUCCAGCCGCUUGGCUCGCGCUGCUGCUCGAGCUACGUGUCCAGAAUGAGGUCCCUGACAUUGAUUAGAUGUUUCCAGUCCAUAAAAUGACCAAAUCUUUCUUUCAUCAAUGUGUAUCACUGUCGAUUGUUGUACUGAAGGUGAAGGUACUUAAUGAAUCUGAAGGAGGAUGAUGAAUUGUGUCGCAGGGCUCUGCAGUCUGGUACUGUGCUGCUCUACCACAAACUGAGCCCCCUACUGCAGAGGACAGACAGGGGAGGGUACAAGUUGCCCAUCUUCCAGGUCUCAGUUGUAAAUGGGAUGCUGGAGAAGCUUGGGAAGGACGCCGAGGUCAUAAACAGCUCCGUCCUCGUCGGCUGUUCGGACAGCCUCCUCGCACAGUUUUGCCUUGAAGUUGCGGAGUUAGAGCAGAAUGCCGUGGAGGAGCUCUGCCAGGGCGUCUUCACAGACCUGAGGAAAGCAUUUUUUCUCCUGAGGAGUUCAGAGGUCCCACUUGUGACCAGGGGACAGGCCUUGCUUCGCUGGCAUCAGACCCACAGCUACUGCAGUGCCACUGGAAAACCCACCCAGCGGAACCAGGCGGGUAGCCAGCGAGUGUGCCACAGCAGCGGAAUUACUUAUUACCCUCAGAUGGCGCCUGUGGUGAUAGUUUUAGUAUCUGAUGGCGAGAGGUGUCUCUUGGCCCGGCAGCCUGCUUUCCCGCGGGGCAUGUACAGUGCACUGGCAGGGUUCUGUGACAUGGGCGAGACGGUGCUGGAGACGCUGCGGCGGGAGGUGGCUGAGGAGGUUGGCCUGGAGGUGGAGUCGGCGCAGUAUUCCAGCUCGCAGCACUGGCCCUUUCCUCAGAGCUCACUCAUGGUGGCCUGCCAUGCCACUGUCAGCCCUGGAAGCUCGCAGAUAAAUCUGAGUGGGGCAGAGCUUGAGGAUGCACGUUGGUUCACUCUGCAGGAAGUCCAGGAGGCCCUGCAGAGGAAUAGUCCGCCACGUGACAUCAAAGGGGAGGCUAAUGUAUUCUGGGUCCCGCCCAGCUCAGCCAUAGCCAAUCAGCUUAUACAGGAAUGGGCCAAUCAGCAGCUCAAGUCAUAGGCAACAUUCUGGUGGGUAAUAAAUUACUUUAAUUGUUUAUUAGAAAGCUCAAGAUAAAUGAUUUUAGUAGGAAAAUAUAGAGGCAGGUGACAUAUGAUAAAAUAAAUGGAACUCAGGUCAGACAUGCUGUAAAGACUAAGCAGUUACAUCAGUUCCACGUUAUUUUUGUGACCGUAAACAUUACUGGGUGUUGAGCUACUUCUGAAUUCCUCUUCUCUACUUGUCCAGUGCAGGAACAUUGUGAGCCUGGAGUCUAUUCCAGGAAGCAGAGGACAGGUUACAUCAUGGAUGAGAUGCCAGUACAUUUCAGGGCGCACAAACACACACACACACACACACACACACACCCUACAGGCAGUUCACCUAACUGCACGUCUUUGGAUCAUGGGAUGAAACUGAAGUAACCAGAGGAAACCACAAACAGGGGGGGGGGGAAUGCAGGCUCCAAAUACAAAGACCUGGGGGUGGGUUCAAUUUGAUAUUUUGUCAGGGGCCCAGAAUUUCUAGCUAUGCCCCCUGGUGGUGGGAUUCCCAAUGUCCAGCAGCCAAUGAUACUGAUGGAAUGUAAAAUUCCCAACCAUAGGAUUGCAACCUUUGUAUAUUAUAAACACUGCCUCCAAGCCUGAAUUUAUAUACAAUACUUGAUUUUAGUUUGUUUUGAGUGAUCAAAUGUACUGUUUAUGUAAGUUUCCUUGCUUUUUAAUUGUAAAUAGAUAUUAAUCUGGUUAUUGGGUGAAGUAGAUCAUUUAUAAGCAGGCAGAUUUUAAAUAUUACUGGUGCCCGGGUCUGUAACAGGUGCCUUAGUUUACUGAAAUAUCUCCUGAAAAUAAAAAAUGCCUUAAACUCUUUGUGAUAGUAACUUCUGACGAAAGCAUAUACGAAAUAAAGGAAAAUAUACAAUAA